GCAGAGCGCGCCUGCCCCGCGCUGCACUCUCCACUAGUUCCCAAUUGAGAGGCAAUCAGCAAGGCGAUUAACAUCCACUGUGCGGGCACCCUCGUCCCCAAACCACGUAGCUAGCUCUUCUUCCUGCGCUCACCCAGCUUGGUCGCGCCGCAAAGGGUCACCCGGGGAGUCCCCGACCGCAGCUCCUUCCUGGUGUUCGCCGGCUACCACGCCGCUCGUGCCGCGCCUCUCACCCGCGCGCCCGGCGAUUCGCUCCCCGGCAGGCCUGGGGACACCGAGCGGGGAGGAUCGAUCCAAACGGCAGAUUCCCCGGGAAGACAGAGAAACUUUGAUGCCGCCGCUGCACACGCUGCGGGAGAGGAAACCAAACAAGUUGCAGGUGCGGGUUCGCCGAGGCGCCUUCCCCGGCUGGGAGAAAAAUCACCCGGCACCCGAGCCCGGGAGACAGCUCUCUGCUCCGCGGGCGACCGCGGGCGCACCUCGCGGUCCCUGAUCUGCUUGUGCAAGGGAAGGCACGGGGACGCCUGGGGUCCACUGUCAGACGCGAGUGGCCAACGCGCCUCCCGCUGCUUAGGAUGCUGGCACCCGGUACUGAUGGGACCCAGACCCAACGCAGCGCCUGGGAACAAAGGCUUCCAAGCUGUCGCCUGCCCAAGCGGAGAGGCUUUCUCCCUCCCCGCAAAGUGACUGCUCCAAAGUCGUGUCUCUCCUGCGCGGGGACCCGCACGUUUAAAGGCCCGAGCGGACGUCAGCGGCUGCCGGGCCCGCGGGGCGAGCGCCAGGUCUCCCCGCCCCACCGGUUGCAGCGCUCGGACGAGUCUGCCGCUGGGGCCAGAGAGGGCGCCGGGCUUGGCGGGUGUCGGUGGGAGGGAGCGAGGGUGGCGCGCGGGGUCCGAGUCCCACGGGUCCUGCAGGGCGGCACCAAGCGUGGUGCGCUGGAGGAGCGGAGCGGGCUCUGGCCACUCUGCGCGCGCGCCGCUGGCUGGAUCGCCCAGGCGCUCAACACCUGGUUCUGGGAAAACACACUUUUCUGGUUUGUUCUUGAGUCAUCGCUGAUUCACUUGGAGGAGCUCAAACCCACCGAGACAUCUUUUAAGCUGGAAAAAAAAAUUAGAUUGAUCGGCCUUGAAAUUCCUAUGAAGGAAGGCAACACCACGCUAACUUCCCACAGCCCCCACUGCCGACCCAGGGACAGUACGUGGAAAAUGUCCACGUGUUCAAAUGUCCCACAUGCAUCCAGCCCCACAUACCCAGACACAAACCUAUGGCCACCUUACUUUCCAAAACUCAUCAAUGACUUAAGAGCUUUUGCAGGGGGGAAUAGUAUUCCAAAAACAAAACAAAACAAAACAAAAACCCAGCUUGCGCUAAACGACUUAUUCCAAGGUUUCUGUAGGAAUUUCCAAGUUGGUGUGGAGAAAUUCAAAUAACUUUGCAUAUCUGAAUAACCAAGUCUGUUGCACACUGAUUUUUAGGAUUUCAAUCACGAAGGCGUGAUAUUUUAGAGAUAUAGGGUCAGAUUAAGCAGAGGUUGAAUCCAUAACUGGGGAGGCGAAAAUCCCCCAUUUCUAGCGCGUUUUCUUACACACCCCUUCAGGAAAAGUCAAGAUCAUCACAGCUCCAACCUUAGAGUCUAUGCCCAGUCCUGGGUUUCCCCGCAGAUUCCUGGUGUCAAGCUGAGAACGACAAAGGACGCAAGAUUUCAACACCAGAGCAACUGGAGGGGCAAAGUCCAGAUGCAACUGGAUUUUCUCCUCUGUGAACUCCCUUCACAGUCUUCACUUGAAGUCUUUUAAAGCGACAUCAUGACAAAUUCCUCCAGACAGCAGGCUCCUUUUUUAUUCCACCUGUACUACCCGGCAUGUCUCCCUCUAGCGGCCAUGCUCGGGAAAACAGGCUCCAUGGGCGCUUUAGCUCCCCACCCCCUUUCCUCCAGUUUCCCUUUCUGGUUCUUCUGUCUUCCCUACUAGCUUCCUCCUCUUCCCUCCCUAACUAACCCACACCGUUCCGAGGACUCUAGACCUAACAGCUCCCACCAACACACACACACACACACACACACACACACACACACACACACACACACGUCCCUACCAUAAAGGUUGGCCAGACUCUGUGGGAAGCGCCUCAUUAACUGAGGCAUUUGGGAACUUAGAAAACAGAGUAUUUUUGCUCUGGGUGGUGAAUACCUCCGGAAGAUUUGGUGAAGAGGGAAAAUGGCCUUACCUAUUUUCUAGAAUCAUAUACUGGCGUGUGUGCAGAUCAUGUCAGCACUGGGGACCCUGAGGUAGAAGAAUCGAGAGUAGUUCCAGGUCAGUCUGGGCUACUUAGCAGGACCCCUGCCUUAAACAAGGAUGCAAAACAAGCAGAACAACAAACAAAACGAUCGAACCUGGCAGAUCAACUUUAGUGUUCAUUCAUCCAUUCAUUCAUCAUUUAAAGAGUUUGAUGUGAGAGUAGCGAAAUCAGCAAGUCAGGGGUUCACUGAAACAGUCCUUCCUGGUUGAAGGAAUGGGGGCCAAGAUGGAGGCAGAAACCCUGGAUUCUGCAUUCUAGCUUCUGCUCACCUGCCUAUCCAUCUCUGAUGUCAGAAGCCUGAUCUUGGCUAGUAUCACUCUUGAGCCAACGCUUUGAAAGAAGCUACUGGGUUUACUAUCUCCUCAGUUUGGAUCGGGACCUGGGUAACAGGGGCACAGAAACACUCAGGUCCAGUAAGUGGACAGCCACUAAGGCACCAGGUGGUGAUGCGCCUUGUUCCCUGGAGCCACCAAGAUAGAGGCUAGGAGGCGGGGCAGUGGCUGCUUUACCCCAAUCAUCAUUAGGGAGGCGGGGCAAUGGCUGCUUUAUCCCAAUCAUUAGGCCACCUGGAGAAAUUGGCAACACCAAUUUGUAGAGGACUUGGUGCACUCAGCAUGUAGCACUUGGGCAGGAGAAACUGCCCCAAAGUGACAGCGUCUGGAGUCGCUGCCUGCUGCACUCCUUUCUGAAGCUUGUGAGCGGAGCUGCUCUUAUGAAGGAUAGAUGGAUGCUCCAAAUGGCCCAGUUGCUACUGGGAGGUUUUCUAGCCAGAAGGUCGCCCCUCCUGGCUCCAUAGAGCCCCAGGUGCCUGACGCUUGGCUGUCUCUGCGCAUCUGCUUGGACCCGCCCAGGCCUUUUGCCUGUGCUGUACACGCCCCGCACCAUGGUGACCUGCAUCACCAAUGCGCAAGCGCAAAUGCAGAUGGACAUCUGAGAGCAAGGUCCUGUCUAGAAGCAAAUGUUCCUGCCUUCUCUCUGGCUGGCGGCUUCGGAAACUCGCCCUACCUCCGCCCUCCUCCAAGUCUCCUGUAUGGAACUGGGGGAAAGACACUUUUCCUCUUGGGUGCAGGGAACUGUAGCAAGCAUGGGGUCUGUCCGCAUCCCCCCUAGCCCUGGAGACACAUACUAGGGAAGCGCCUAGAAGAAAAACAGCAGGGCACUGAGUGGUUUGUUGUUCUUAUGAUCACACAUCGCUCCCGAGGAGUGACUCAGUGUUUGUCCCCGUUAUGUGGACCUGGUCCAUCUGGCCAGAUUCACCUACAGGACUGCCCUGGAAGAAAGUUACAUCUAAGUAGGACUGCACAAGGGAGCUUGGACAUUAUCGGGGUUAAGAGGAAGUUUUCUAGAGCACAGAGAACAAACUUCCAGUUUCCUUGGAACCAAGGGGGACUUCUACACUGGAGUCGAAUUACCAUGGAAUCUCCCCAUCUGACUUAAAAAUGCCUGCUUUUUCCCACACCAUAACAGUUCAAGCCUUGUAGCAUGGAUAACCGUGUAUUUUAUUUCCUCGAGGUAAUAUACACAUCGCAUUUUCUUUUCUAGAUUAAUAAAAAUAAUU